AUGCCACCGCCAAAUACGUCCGUCCCGUGGGUGACGGUUAGGUUUUCCUCGGGCGAUCAGGAGAAUGCCAGGGAUGGUGGAAUCAGGAAGAAACUCUCUUAUGAGAAUACGUCAAAUGUAACAAGUCAUAGAGGGAGUGAAGUAGUGGUUGCAGAGGCGGGCAAAGCAGAUACGGUCAUGACUGAAAAAGAAAAAGUAGCUAGUGGGGCGAAGGAGGGAGAGGUGUGUGUGGGAGAGGGGAGAAGUGAGGGGCUGGUCCAUAGUUCACAAAAGGAGGAGCAGGUAAAGAAGCAAAUGUCCAGAUUUAAGAGGAGGAAAAGGGAGGAGGGGAUAGGUAACCAGCAGGGUCUUGGUGUGGUCGUAGGAGAGAAGAGGCAAGGGAUGGACAUGGAUGUUGUCGAGGAGGAGGAAGAUAGUCAGAAGAGGGCUCGAACAGAGGAGAAGAUGACUCAAAACCAUGAGGCGGGGCUGUCGGAACAGCUCCGCAAGCAGAAAUGA